AUGCAGGGCGCAAAACAGGUAGACAAUCCUAAUUUCGAGCGAAUAUACUGGGAAAAGGCGAGAAGAAGCUUCAAGGAAGGGAGAAAAGACAAGGAUGAUGAGAAAAAGUUGGACGAAUUCCUAAAAGAACGUUCCACGCCGCAAGAGACCAGAGAGCUCUGCAAGUCGACUCAAAAGAAGGCGGGAAAUGAAUAUUCGCCUUCGCUAGGAGGCAUCCUGGAGAAGAUUGACAUUGCAAUGUCGUUUGGCGAUCUGGCUGUCAAGAGCGCGCCUGAGUCCGUGGGCUUAGCUUGGAUGGGCAUCAGACUGUGUCUGCACGCCGUGGCAGAUGAUUUCGCAACUUUCAACAUCUUCGGGGCCGCUUGUUCGGAUAUCAUUGGCAUCAUGAUUUCCUGUGCUGUAUUUGGAAAGAUGUAUGGACCUUCGCGAGGCAUCGAUUCUUUUCAAGAGUUUCAAAAGAUACAAUCCCAAGUCACUGAUCGAAUUCCAUUCAUAUAUACUGAGAUCCUGGAUUUCUCGUUCUCGGUGAAGAAGUAUAUGGGUCGCAACAAAGCCGCUCGGUGGGCCAAAGGCGUGGUUAUCAGCGCUUCGGCGAAAUUUGGCAUGAAGAUCCAAGCCAUCAAGGAACACGAUAUGGCCAUGGCAGAGUUCGCACGGAGAGCCCACGAGCAGCUGUCAGAUCAUUACCUGCACACUGCUCAUGACAAGCAGCAAGAAAUGCGCGGAUCUCUAGACGAGAUUCGAGACAAGCUCAACCAUUCUGCGAAGUUGGACGAAGCCUACAGACAACAAGUACGCCUUUUGAUAGAAGAGCUGGGCAAAAGAAAAGAGAUGACACCUCACGAUGUAUCAAUGAAGAACUUUAAUGAAAACGUGAAAGCAUUGGACGCUAUCAGUGACCAGCAGGGCAUUUACAACGCCAAGUUGAAACGAAGGUCUCCACCAGAGACAUGUACAUGGAUCUUCGGCAAUGAAGCGUUCAAGGCUUGGUUUGAGUCCGAGAAGAGCGAUAUGUUGUGGGUAUCUGGCGGUGGUGGGUUCGGCAAGAGCAUUUUGAUGGCCGCAGUUGUGAAAGAGCUUCAUGUGCGGAGCCAAGACAAAGGUGCACUCGUUCAGUACUUUUUCUGCAAUGCCGGUGACGACACUACCAAAAGGACCGAACGGAUCUUAAAGCACCUUCUCUACCAGAUCUACCAGCUCGUUUCUCAGCAUCCUACCGAGACGAUCGAAAAGUCAAACAAACUUGUCUCGAGUUAUCUGAAGGCAAGCAAGAGCACAAAGUCUGGCCAAGGCGAGUCUAAAAAGGAGAAUGUCACCUUCGGAGAUGCUUUCCGAGGGAUCGUUGUUCUGCUUGGACAGCCUGCUUACAUCAUUGUGGAUGCCCUGGAUGAAUGCACGGAUCGUUCCGAAGGCUUGGUAGCCUCCCUACGAGAACUGGUUGAAGAAGCGCUUCCGAUGAUUAAAGUGGUGGUCUGUAGUCGACCCGAGGUUGAGGGCCUCGAUCAGAUUUCGACUAUCAAGGUAGAAGGCAACAAUGGUCCUGAUAUCAAGCUAAAUGCCGAGACUGAGCUCGCCAGGCUUCCUAGCUUCACAGCCCAUGAGCGGGAACUUGCAACCGACAAAAUCGUCGAGAAGGCUGGCAGCUACUUUCGAUAUGUUGACCUCGCCAUUGGGUUCCUCAAACAGCCGUGGCAACGACCAUUGAAGAAACACCUCGAACAGCUACCAGAAGGACUCGAAGCGUUUUACGAGCAGAUCAUCAAGAAAACAGACCCUGCUUAUCUAGAUCUGCUCAAAACUUGUCUCACUUGGGCUAUCCUAGCAGAUGGCAAAGUCCACGUCGCCGAGGUUACAGACGUUUACAGUCGCGCCUAUAUGAUGGAAGACGAAGACGCGCAACAAGUUCAGGAGCUGGGUCCAGAUUUUGAAUCCCCGACAUCUUCUGAAAAAGAAAAGGCCUCCGAUCAACUAUUCGUUGCCCAAAUUCGGACUGCUGGAUCCGCUCUGCUCGAUGUGGACAACAAGUCGAAAGUCAUCCAACUCAGGCACAACACUGUGGCCGAUCAUUUCUUAAAAGCACCUUCGCAUUCAACUGUAGCCGAGAAGAUUAACGAUUCCGCCAGCCACUGUGAGACUUGUCGCAAGGCGGGGAAGACUGCAGACAAGUUCAUUGUUACGGAAAAGCAAGGCCAUUUAGCCAUUGCUACUGCCAUCCUCAAACAUCUCACAAAUGAGACUUUCCGGCGAAGGCACCUUGUACUUCUCGAGCGAAUUGAGCUUAAACGCAGAUUUGAGGGCCAACCCGAUGGUUAUGUACAGGACGAAGAAAUCCAGGAGGACCUGGAAAAUGAGAAAAGCGAAAAGGAAAUUGACGCAGAUAUGCCGAUGAAGCCUCCUCAUGCUGUUCAUCUCGCCUCACACGAGCAUGACGACGGUUCAGAUGUCAACGAGCCUAAACAGGACCGGCCUGCAUCAGUCGAGGGCUCAGCAUCAGAGAGCAACGUCACUUCUGAGGAAGCAGGCGAAAGCUCUGCAGACACCUCUUCAGUUAAACCAGAGGAUGACGCCGCUUCAGAUGCUGCGUCUGAAGACAGUGACGACGUGGCAGACAUCGACUACAUGUACUCUUCUACGGAAGAUGAUGGUGCGCAGCUCUAUCGGUACGAGGUCACUUACUGUGCACAUCAUCUCAGGCGAGUAGAAGAGCUGUUUGAAACAGAAGAUCGUACGAGCCCUGAAUGGUGGGAGUUUGAGGCUCUAAGGACUACAUUCUUUCAAGACGGUUCGCCCUACUUUCGCAGCUGGGUGAACCUUCUGAAUCAGAUCCGCUACGGUGAACUCAGCUGGAUCGACGAUGUUCAUACCAUUCAUCCGAUACAUGUGGCAGCCUCGAACCGGCUGACGAGUUUGGUAAAGCAACUUCUGAGAGAUGGUGCAGACCUGACGCGACUGACUGACGAGGGUUACACCCCACUGGAUUUUGCGAUUGAGUAUUAUGCUGGAGCUCAGAAAGACCUUGACAACUGGUACGCCAACAGCAUAGAGUUAUUCAAAGUACUCCUGGAAGCUGGCGCUAAUGUCAACGCUAUUUCUAUUCGUAUGUCCCGCGCGCCUUUCUACCAGUUGUUCUACUACAACCCUAGCUUGGAAGUCGUCCAGUUGUUUUUGGACCAUGGAGCCGACCUUCACAAACAGGCAAGUGAUUCGAGAUCAAGCAUACUCCAUGUUUUUUGUUCAGUGUGCGACAACGCGGAUGUGCUCAGAGAGUUGCUCCGCCGCGGUGCCAAAUUGGACGCAGUGGAUCAAGCGAAAGAGACGCCGUUACAUUCUCUCAUGCAAAGAUUCGAGGGUGUACCAGUGGAGCUUGUCGAGAUCCUCAUAGAGGCCGGAGCUAAUGUCAGUGAUGAAGAUGAUCUCUCUCAACAACCACUCCGAGAGCUCUGUGUGUUUAACGGCUCGUCGGAGGCUGCAGAGCUCCUCAUAAAAGCGGGAGCUGAUGUUCUCGACGAGGACUUGUCUCGUCAAACAGCUUUGCAUAUUGCCGCUGAGAACGGACACGUCGACAUCGUGAGGCUACUCAUCGAAAAGAGAGCAAAGAUAGACGCCAUGGAUGACAGAGGCUGCACACCUCUUUACAAGGCAUGUGGAGCAAAAUCGGACGACUCCGCUCUUUACAUGAUCCAUCACGCCGAGGAUAUCAACAAGAGGGCGAACAACGGCAAGACCCCUCUCCAGAAGGCUGCUGCAAGGGGUCAUCGCAAGAUAGUAGAGGCUAUCUUCGAGAAAUGCAAUCGCGAUGUAGCUGUACUCACCAACAAAGACAAUAGGGAACGCACGCCUCUUCACGCUGCAGCUCAAUACGGACGGAAAGACGUUGUUGAGUACCUACUCCAGCAAGGAGUCUCUGUGACAGUCCAAGACAACAAUGGGAAGACCCCGCUUCGAGCAUGCUUUGACGAUUGGAGCGAAGCCAGGACAACGGAUUACGAAGCUAUUUGCGUGCUUCUACUCGGAACCGCCCAAAUUACGGAGCUUGAUGCUGGUCUUCUGCAUGUAGCAGCUGCGCGAGGUUCUCUGCUUGUCGUCAAAGAACUUAUGAAUCGGGGCGCCGAUCCGCUAGCUCAAGACGAGCAUGGCUGGACGUCGAUUCAGAUCGCUCAGCAGUUCCGGAAAGAAGAAGCUGUAGACUUGCUCUCCACGACACGUGCGGUCACCGGCUUUCCGCCGAGCGAACUGAGGAACACGUUGCCCAAGCUCUUUCAGCUGUCUGAUGAUCGACUCGAGGUCAAGAAUAGCUCAAUACGUAUGCAAAGUGGAGCGAUACUCGCGCAACACCCGGUCCCUGCGGGUGCCUCUAGUUUCUAUUUUGAAAUCGUGAUCGAUGCUUCAUUACGUAAAGACAAUGAGACAACGGAACCAGCCUCAACAGACCUUGUCCGAUACGGCCAUGAGGACGUCAUCGGUUGCGGACUUGACGUCCGCAGAGACAAGAUAUUCUUCACUAAGAACGGCGAAUUGUUCGAGCUCGAGAAACUCGCGAAGCUUACUCACUAUGCCUUCACGGGCGUCACUGGACGGCUGUACCCAGUCAUCGGCAUAUCAAACCCUGGAGUCAAGGUAAAGGUCAACUUCGGGAACGAUACGACGUCUAUGCCAUUCGCCUGGAAGCCUGGAAAUGAGGCGGAUAACGGGACCGCGCUGGUGAAUGAAAAGGAAGAAUCGCUAGCACGCAAGCCUCUCCUGAGAAGACGUACCACGCAAGCCGUGAUUGGUGCAAGGGAGGGUGAGGAUACAGUGGCCGGUGCUGCGACUUCUCCUGCGAUUGUCGCUCCAGCUGGCCCGAUCGAGGCGACCGCUAAAACUUAG